CUUCUUGAACGGGUAGAACUGCCUUCAGAGAGCUCUAGUUGCAGAAGGGGCAUCACUGUUCCUGACUUUCAAGGAAAGCUUGAUAGUGACCUGUUAUUUGAAGAGCGCUUGGUGUGCAGCGCUCGUCUCUCCUGACAAGUGAGAAGAGCAAGAGUCAGCAUCGCAGGCCUGCAGAGACAAGGGGAAGACCUCGGAGGAAAGUGGACAAAGGGUGGAGGAAACCUAUAAAAUGACUCCUUUUUCUAGAACAGUGACUAGGGGAGGGGUGAGAAAGACAAAGGGUGAGGAGGGAAGCGGGUAUACAUAGAGGAAGGAGAUACAAAGGGGGUGUGAGAAACCACAGGUGAAGGAAAGGAGGAAAGAAAAAGCGGUGGGAAGAUGGUUCAAAAGUCCAUGGUAAGACUCUACACGAAGUAACCGAACAACGAGUCGUUUAAAGGCAAGAGGCCAUUCAGAGACCAGUCUCUCUGCUGAGCCAAAAUGGGUGACUGGAGCUUCCUAGGAGAAUUCCUGGAGGAAGUCCACAAGCAUUCCACAGUGGUGGGGAAAGUCUGGCUGACCGUGCUCUUUAUCUUCCGGAUGCUUGUCCUGGGCACAGCCGCAGAGUCUUCGUGGGGAGAUGAACAGUCCGACUUCAUGUGUGACACCCGGCAACCGGGUUGCGAGAACGUCUGCUACGACAAAGCUUUCCCCAUCUCCCACAUCAGGUACUGGGUCCUUCAGAUCAUCUUUGUCUCCACCCCUUCCCUGCUGUACAUGGGACAUGCAAUGCACACAGUGCGCAUGGAGGAGAAGAGGAAGCUAAAGGAGGCCAAAGAAGCGGCGACAGCAAUUCAGAGCAAGGGAGAUUCUUUCCACCAGCAGGAGUACCAAGCGCCCGAGAAGGCGGAGCUGUCCUGCUGGGAUGAGCCAAGUGGGAGGAUCAUUCUUCAAGGCACUUUGUUGAACACCUACGUCUGCAGCAUUUUAAUCCGUACCACCAUGGAGGUAGCAUUCAUCAUUGGGCAGUACAUGCUGUAUGGAAUCUUCCUUGAGACGCUCUAUAUCUGUCAACGGAAGCCUUGCCCCCAUCCAGUCAACUGCUACGUCUCUCGGCCAACUGAGAAGAACAUCUUUAUCAUUUUCAUGCUGGCCGUAGCAGCACUCUCCCUGUUCUUAAGCCUGGCUGAACUAUAUCACUUGGGAUGGAAGAAAGCCAAGCAGAAGUUCUCCCCUUCUUACAAACGCAGCCCCAGCCCAGUCGCCAGCAAACUGGAAACAGACCCCCAAGCAAAGAUGAUCCAAAGCUGUACCCCUCCUCCAGAUUUUAAUCAGUGUUUGGCCAACCCUGGUGGAAAAUUUAUCAGUCCCUUUAGCAACAAAAUGGCCUCUCAGCAGAACACUGCCAAUUUUGCAACGGAGAGGGUUCACAACCAAGACGACGCAGACAGGGAAGCGCCAUUUAUCCAAGUUAACUAUUCUCAGGCUUCGGAGGCCGCCAAUAGCUCCACACCCAACCUGGUUCCCAAUGGCUACUUCCAUGACAAACGUAGGCUCAGCAAAACCAGCCGCGCCAGCAGUAAAGCUCGCUCUGAUGACCUGUCCGUGUGAAUUGUGUUCUGAAGGGAAGACUCUCUGAUGUGACAAAAACUUGCAGUGUAGAUUUUGAAACCCUGGCAGUCUGGGGUCCAAUCAGCCAGUUCAACUCAUUAAGUGAAUGGCCUGGCAUAUUGCAAAAAGUUUAUGUCAAAGCUUAUUUCAUUAUUUGAGUUUGUUAACAUACAGUCAUAAAGGAGAGUGAACUAUUUCAAAACAAAUACUAAAAUAAGCUUUGGUUACUAGAGAAAGGACUGAAGCUAAUGUAUACUUUGAGUGGAUCUCACUCUACGCUUAAACCAGUAUAUUCAUUCUGAUUUUUCCAAAGAAUGCAGGAGUGAUAAUAAUAAAAAUAAUAAUUUUAUUAUUUAUACCCUGCCCA